AUGUCAGGCAAGGAUACCUGGUCUUCCAAUAACAAUCCUGUUAAGGAGUUGAACAAGAAUUCCAUCCCUCCUUUUCAGACUCCAACAGUGCUACCUCCCCCACCUUCCUCGUUGGAUAAAGGUAUGUUUCCUAUUAGAGCAGCCGCUCCCGAUGAAUUGUUACUAACACGUUCAGGCCAGCAUUACUACCCUUUGCCGUCCCUCCCAGGUUUAGGUUCCGGGCUUAACAAUGGAUCUCAUUUUCCUAUACCGUCUAUAGGCCCACAAGGACUCUCUCAAGAAAAAGAUUCAAAUAACAAUGGUGCCACUACGUUGCCCCCUCCACAUUUAGGAUCUCAACAGAGUCCUGUUCUUUCGCAACCACAACCCCAAUCUCAGUCUCAAGCAGACAGUAACCCGCAACCCCAACAGUUGCCCCCACCGACUGCUCUACAUGCUAGUGCCAAUCAGUAUAGACCACUAAAUGUGAAAGAUGCUUUGUCCUACUUAGAUCAGGUAAAGGUUCGCUUCCUGGACCAGCCGGAUGUGUACAAUCAUUUUUUGGAAAUAAUGAAGGAUUUUAAGAGCCAAAGUAUUGACACGCCCGGUGUCAUUGAACGAGUGUCCACCCUGUUUAGAGGUCAUCCAAAUCUUAUUCAGGGAUUCAAUACGUUCUUGCCUCAGGGUUACAAGAUUGAGUGCUUUGUGGACCCUUUAAACCCGAAUGCCAUUCGAGUUACAACCCCUAUGGGUACUGUAACAAUGACGGAUGGCCAAAGUCAAGUUUCUCUUACUCAGCAGCCUCACACACAGCUUGAUCAAAGUCCUCAGAGUUCUUCUACUCAACCAAAACUAGAACAAGAUCAGCAAGCUUCUCGUUUACCAUCCCAAGAUAUGUUGGAAAAGCAACUACACCAACAACAGGAACAACAACAUCACCACCAGCAGCAGCAGCAAAUUCCGCAGCCUCAUAACUCGUCACUUCCACAGCAAUUGCAGCAACCUCAAUCACAAUAUCUUUCCCAUCAAGGUCCAGAUGUGGCGUAUAGCCAGGGUAAUCUGUCUGCUGAACAAGUUCAGAACGGUGCUCAGGUAGGGUUCAAUCAUGCUAUUAGCUAUGUGAACAAGAUCAAAACUCGAUUUGCUAAUCAGCCUGAUAUUUAUAAGAGCUUUUUAGAAAUCUUGCAGACUUAUCAAAAAGAACAAAAGCCAAUUAAUGAAGUUUAUCAACAGGUUACCGUCCUAUUUCAAAAUGCUCCUGAUCUUUUGGAUGAUUUUGAACAGUUUCUCCCUGAGACUUCAGGCCAGUCGCUGAAUGUUCAUCAAGGAGGAUAUGAGGAAAAACACAAUGGCCAUGGCACUAUUCAGCUGCCUCCUGUUGGCAAUUUCCCUCCUCCUUCUUAUGGGCAAAAUGGAAAUGUAAUUAAUGAGGCACCAGGUGGAAAAAGGAGAUCGAUUUCACAUGGAAUGCAUCGUAUUCCGUCUUUGGGAGCAGCUCAUUUUCAAGGACAACCAGUUGGUAUGCCUCACGAUCAACAACAGCAACUGGCUCAGAUAGGUCAAACUCAGGAGUACCCUGUUUCAGAUUUAAGAGGCCCUGUAAAUACCGGUCCUGCUAGUUUAUUGAUGGGAGUUCCACAACCUGUCAGUACAGGCAUAUCAGAUUCGAAUUUAUCAGAAGAAAUAUCAUUUUUUGACAAAGUUAAAAAGUCCAUUUCAAACAAGCAAACCUAUAAUGAGUUUUUGAAAUUGAUCAACCUUUACUCUCAAGAUAUCAUCGAUAAGGAUGUCUUAGUUGCCAAGGUUGAGUGUUUUAUUGGAGCUUUCCCAGAGCUAUUUUCCUGGUUCAAGACGUUCGUCGGAUACGAAGAGAAAUCUCUGCACAUUGAAAAUAUCACCUUUAAGAAGCAUCAACUGGAGCUAUCACUUUGUAAAUCCUGUGGCCCAAGCUAUAGACUACUUCCAAAGGCAGAAACUUAUAUGCCAUGCUCCGGAAGGGAUGAUAUGUGUUGGGAGGUUCUCAAUGAUGAAUGGGUUGGUCAUCCAACAUGGGCUUCUGAGGAAUCUGGAUUUGUUGCACAUCGUAAAAAUCAAUACGAAGAGGUUUUAUUCAGAAUCGAAGAAGAAAGGCACGAAUAUGACUAUUAUAUGGAGGCUAAUUUAAGAACUAUCCAGACUUUAGAGACAAUUGCUAAUAGAAUUGCUAAUAUGACCCCAGAAGAAAAGGCUCACUUCAAGUUACCUCCAGGCUUGGGUCAUACAUCAUCAACCAUCUACAAGAAGGUCAUUCGAAAGAUUUAUGACAAAGACAGAGGUUUUGAAGUUAUUGAUGCCUUACAUGAGAAUCCAGCAGUGGCGGUUCCGAUUAUUCUCAAACGUCUUAAGCAGAAGGAUGAGGAAUGGAAAAGAUCACAUAGAGAGUGGAACAAAGUUUGGAGAGAAAUGGAGCAGAAAGUGUUCUACAAGUCCUUGGACCAUUUGGGCUUGACGUUCAAGCAAUCCGACAAAAAAUUGCUCACCACUAAACAGUUGGUGGCUGAAGUUAGUACAAUCAAAGUCGAACAAUCUCAAAAAAGAUUACAUCCUUUAACUCCUGUUUCCAAAGAACAGUUACAGUAUCACUAUAAAGACUACGAUGUAAUGUUUGAUAUCAUAAACUUGGUUUAUAUCUUUUUGGGACAUUCUUCUUCCUAUUCACAGCAGGACAAAAAGAAACUUGCCGAAUUUGUUAAGUUUUUCGUCACUACAUUUUUCAUGCUUCCUAAUGAACAAGUAGACGAUGCAUUGCAGCGUAGGAAGACAAAAGAAGCUGAUGCUGAAGCUGAAAACGGGGAUUCGAAUAGCGCUUCUUUAGCUGACGACGAGGGCAACUUGUCAAGUGCUUCUACCGAAUCUAGUUUUUCUUCCAAAAAGAGACCUCGCAAUGAUGGAGAUUUGUUGAGAGAUGUUCUUAAGAAGAAUAAAAAGGUCGUCCGUGAAGCUACUCCAGAUAGCACGACUGCCUCACCGACACCAGAGACCUAUUCAACUCAAGCGGAUGUAGAAGAAAAGCUGGCCAAGCCCACUGAAGACUGGAUUAAUGUCUCAGGGCACCUUGGUGAACCUAUUUUUGACCAAACAAAAGAAAGGACAGUGUACAACAUGUUCUGUAAUACCACUAUCUACGUACUCUACAGAUACUUAAACGUUCUUUACGAACGUUUAGUUGAAGUCAAGGCAAUGACCAAGGAUGUUGAUGCUGAUAUAAAAGGUCGAAAUGAAGUUCAAUUUGCCAAGGAGCUUGAUUUGUUGUCCCACCAACUAGAAGAUAUGGGUAUCAACAUCACUGGUGACAAUUCUUACCUGCAAGUCCUUGAAUUGAGUAAAAAAUUGAUAGAAGGGGAUGUGGAACAUCAAUGGUUUGAAGAAUCUUUAAGACAAGCCUACCGAAACAAAGCUUACAAGUUGUUCAGCAUUGACAAGGUGAUACAAGGUUUAACAAAACAUAUGCACUCUGUUGUAUCGGAUGCCAAGAACUCGGAGAUGAUUACGCUAAUGGCAGCUGAUAGGGAGAAUUCCAAUACCACUGCUAGAAGCCAAAUUCUUUACCGAAUUCAAGUGCGAUCAUUAAUGUCUCCUGAAGACAAUAUGUUCAAGAUCUCCUUUGACAAGUCACAAGAUAGAACCCAAAUUACCUUCAUUGCUUUAGAGGAUCUUACGCUGGGUGAUCUGAAGUCUGAACGUGACAAAUGGAACUACUACAUGACUAGUUAUAUUUUAUCUCAACCUACCGAGUCCGUUCCUAAAAGUAAGAUCAAUAUCCCAUUCUUACGCUCUGCUAUCGCUGCUGAGGAUGACGAGAAGUCUUCGGAUAUACAAGGAAUUGCAAACUCUAAUUUGAAGGUUAAGCUUGACCUAAAUACUUAUAAGCUAUUCUUUGAGGAAGGAAGCUAUGACUAUUUUGUAAAAAGCUCAGCUUUAAAGCCACAACCUGCUUCCAAAAAGGACAACCAGGAAAAACUCCAGCAUUUACAAUCUCUUCUAAAGUCAGGUGACAAAAGUGCAAAGCUUCUGGAAACUUUGGCAAAAGGGCCUGAUGAGUAUAAAGCCUUCGUUUCCCAAUUGUCAACUUCUGAAGUCUCUAAUACUACCCAAGGUGGUUCCAAAGGGGACGCACUGAAGCAUUCUGAAAUCACAGUGGACGCGGAGUCUACCAUCGGCCAGGAUGACAGUCUGCAAGAAGAUGUCUUCAAAACAGCUGUUGAUAUUUCAGUUGAUCAAGAUAAAACAGUUGAUCAGUCUACGUUGUCUGAAGCAAAAGCUGAUAACGAUACAAUCCCAAAUGAAGAGGAGCAAGACACCCAAAUGGAAGAAGGAAAAGUAAGUAGGUAG